AUGGAAGUCAGACUUGUCAAUAUGCUCGAGCAAUAUUAUGCGAGCGAACAUAUCCCGCUUAAGUUGGAGAUACUUAACGAAGAAGAUGCGGAUGCCAAUACUAAAUUGGAUAUAGCCCUAUAUGGGCAAGAUGUCCCUGGCUAUGCAGUGCAGAUUGAAGAUGGCACAGAAAAGACCAGUAAUGCUGGUGUGGAAGAAACGAGGCUUGACGGACUCCCAGUCGGGACAAUACCGAAUUCUAAGUCUUCAAAAGCUACGAUUACCAUUGACCCGGUUGAUGGACCUAUAGUGCUUGAAUUGAUAGUGAGGGCACGGUAUCAUCUUGUGUCAGAUCCGGGGACACCGAUCAUUCAGCAAGCAACAUACAACCUCAAUAUUGUUAACCCCUUCGAAGCAAGUUAUGAUCUAUCUCCCCGGCUACAUUCUGAGUGGCCAAGCUACUUCAACCCUGAAGAUAUUCAAGACCCAUCUGAAGGAGAUGAAGUCGUCCGCCGGCCUCGAGGACUGGCACAGAAAUGGUCUCUCGCUACCCGGUACGCUUCAUUUGCACAUGAAGAUCUAGCUAUACUUGGUCUGGACGUCAACAUUCUCUCCACACAAGGGAAUGUAAGCUGCAAAGCGUCCAAGGGUCAACCGCCCGUGGCAGAUGAUGCAGUUAUCAGUCCCAAAACGAUCGAGGAAGCGCAGUUUGAGCUCAUCGCCCAGAAAUUUGAUCUGGAUGACCGGUCACCGGCAACGGCGGACCUUGCUUUCAUCAUUAAGUGGCGCCGGCUCACAUCCCCGAAAGACACAGUGAACACUACAAUCCUACCACUUCCACGAUUCUUCGUCACAGUCUCCGAACCGCGCGUCCUAGCCAGCGUCUCUUACUACUCACCACCUAACCCACCUGCCACCUCCUCUUCCAGCCCCCCACCUCAACUACUUUUCCUAGACAUCACGAUCGAGAACCCGUCGUCGCACUUCCUGACGUUCGGGGUUGGUGAUGGAGCCGAGCGACGAGUUCGCGUUCUCGGGCGCUAA